UACUUGUUUUUCUAUCUUUUAACUCAUACCCAUUUCGUCUUCUUCUCUCAUCCUGAAGUUGAAGCCAAAGGUAUAGUAUUCUCGUGUGAAGAAUACAUGGUGCCAGUUGCUGCAGAAUUACAUGGAAAACUGUAGCUAAGGAUUGGUAAACUUGGGCUCUUAGGAUUCUGAAGAUGAGUUGUUCAUUCCAGUGAUCUCUAUGUUGAUGAUGAACAAAACCUAAAUUUUCUGCAGUUUGGAAUAAUUGAUCAUAUCUGUGAGUUUAUUUUUCAGGGAAAUUAUGUCCCGGAAGAUGUGACAGAAGAACUCUUUGACAAAUUCAACCUUUUUUGAGAUGGUCUCUUCCUCUAUACUGUUUGCUUUUGAACAGAACCAUAGUUUAGAAGGUGAUUGUUGUUCAUUCUGAAGACAAUGGAAACCAAUGGUAGUAAUUCUCAUUCCCAUGAAAAUCAGACUUCAGAGGUUCCCAAUGAUGCUAGCAAAGGCAGUUCAACUGAGAAAGUGGUCUUUGUAAAUCAUGCCGAGAUAGCUUGGCAUGAGAGCAGGAAGCAGUGGAUUGGUGUUCAGUCUCAAAAUUCAAAGAGGUUACCUAGAGAACCAGUUAUGAGCUGGACCACAACUUACGAGGACUUGCUUUGUUCUACUGAACCUUUUCAACAGCCAAUUCCACUGGGUGAGAUGGUGGAUUUCUUAGUUGACAUCUGGCAUGAAGAAGGCCUCUAUGAUUAGUUAAAGUUUCUUGAGGUGAUUGCACAGUUUUGUUUGUGCAGAUUGACGAAACAAUCUCAUAGGUUAUACGGACUCUUAAUCCUGAAAAUUGAUUAAGAACAUAUGAUGUAGAUUACAGUGACGUUUAGAGGAUUAUGAUUUUUAGGUGAUUCCUCUUUAUUACCAAACAAUUGUAUAGUCAACAAAGUUUCUUAAAUGAGAUUGUUUCUGUUAUGGAU